AUGGGGAUAUUUCAGGCCGGACUACUUGUUCCCGUAGCCGUGGGACUGGUUAUUGGGGGAGGAAUUGCCGGGUCGUUGGGAUGGAAGGCUAUUUUCUGGUUUUUUGCCAUUUACAGCGGCGCUUUUCUAUGUCUUCUUAUCAUCCUGCUGCCUGAAACACUGCGGUCGAUUGUCGCGAAUGGAAGUCGAACACCAUCUAAUCCGUUAACGAGAUGGCCGCUGGGAUUUUAUCAGAAAACAAGCAAAAUCCAGUGGCAGCAGAGCCUGGAGAGACAGUCACUGCUUGCAACAAAGAAAAAAAUCGAUCUUCUGGGACCUCUUCGAAUACUACUGAGUAACCAUGCAGCUCCUAUCAUCAUAUUCCUCGCCGUGUACUAUGCCGUCUGGCAGAUGAGCAUUACGGCCAUGUCCUUUCUGUUCAAGAGCCGUUAUGGACUGACCGAAAUACAAAUCGGCUUAACCUUGAUCGCCAAUGGAGUUGGAUCCAUGGUUGGCACACUGGUGACUGGCAAAAUCCCUUGA